AUGGCGCGCAACGGCCGUCCCAUGCGGCAGCUGGAAUAUGGAGGACGAGGGCCACGCAGGCGGCCGGAGUACGAAGACUACUCCGAUGAAAACGAAUCAGUGAUUAACGGCGGCGAUUAUGACUUGUACGAUCAUCAAGACUCGACCGUUUCCUAUGCGGUUCAAUUGGCGAUGCGAGAUAAGGAGGAUCAAUUGGUGGAGACGGCGCUGGAGCGGAUUCGCCGUGCACAAAUGCUUGGGAAGAAGAACGUGAAGCUUUCCAAGCGCGAACUGGAAGCUCUCGAGCGGAGACGUCAGACGAAUGAGAAUUCGGGCUCGAGCCGUCGGAACAGAGCAGGGUCUACCGCCAGUAGUAGGCCAUCAUCUCGUCGCAACGGGCCUACAGUUCCCGAAGAAUUGGCUGGAGCAUAUCCGCCUUUUGCCUCGGGUCGCCCCCCUAGUUCGUCAUCAAAUCGUCCACGGACCCCGACCAUGCAGUCAUUGCGUCCGCAGUCGUCAAGCUCGAAUUCUCCUCUCCGCCCGGGUUAUCCUGGAUUUCCUGACCGGUUCCCGCCUGCGGGUCGCCCGCAGUCAAUCCAACAGCCCAUAUAUUCCCGGCCGUUGCCAGACGAUCCUCAAUGGACACCAACGUACUACAAUCCGAUGCAGAUGAAUCCAUACCUUCCGGAGCACGCUCCAUAUCAGCCACAACUUCCUACCGAUCUUCGCGUUGGGCCGCAAAGCCGGCUGAAUUAUCCGACCGGGGUACCUCCGGUGGAGAUGUCUUCUGCUCCAGCUCAGCGUCGGCAGUCGAUCAGCAGCCGACAGGGUCAACCUCAGCCUCAAUCACGAGGUCGGCCUGGAACUCCGGAGGAAGACUCCGAGACGUCCAGUGAGGAGGAGUCCAGCAGCGAUGAUUCGGAUGUACAGAUAGUCGGAGUGGUGGAGCGCCAGCCACCUGCCCAGGUCCAGAGACGUUCUGUCGCUGGAACCCGCAAGACUCGGAGCAGUCGAUGA